CAGUAGAUUCGCCGUUCAAAUUUGAUAAUUAUGAAUUGGUACCAACCGCCAGGAUUAGUCUCUUGGCAGACUUCAAACCCAAAUUCAAGUUGGUUUUGAAUUAGUCGUACACUUCUUUUGUAGCGCUUCCAUAGCUCCUCUGCCCCUUCAUAAACUUCAGCCCCAUUUACCUUAUCGAGAAUCCACAAACUAUUUCAAAUUCUCAUGCUUGUCGGUGGACAAUGCUUCUGGCUAUCCCACCAAUUGCACAGUCUAUUGCAGUAGAAUUCAAGCACGACACUUUCCGUACCCACCAAAGUCGGCUUCUUCAAUUGCUGAGCCACUGUACUGAUUUGUCACAGCUCAAGAAAAUCCACGCUCGCGCACUUCGUAGCUUCUCGACCCACGAAUCAUCUCUCUUCCUCUUUAGCCGAAUUCUCCACGUUUCAUCUUUAAUUGAUUUCGAUUAUGCCUGUCGAGUUUUCGAUCGAAUCGAUAACCCCAAUUCGUUCAUGUGGAACACUCUCAUCGGUGCUUGUGCACGGAGCUUCGACCGUAAAGAACAGGCGAUUCUGCUCUUCUACAGAAUGUUAGAAGAAGGCUCUGUUGAACCAGAUAAACAUACUUUUCCUUUUCUUCUUAAAGCUUGCGCUUAUGUAUUUGCUUUAUCUGAAGGGAAACAAGCGCAUGCUCAUAUUGUAAAACUUGGGUUGGACUCGGAUGUUUAUGUUGGCAAUAGCUUGAUUCAUUUAUAUGCUUCUUGCGGGUGUUUGAAUUUUGCACUGAAGCUGUUCGAGAAAAUGCCUAAGAGAAGUUUGGUUUCGUGGAAUGUGACGAUUGAUGCAUUUGUUCAAUGUGGACUCUUCGAAAAUGCUCUCAAGCUAUUUGUUGAAAUGCAGGACGUUUUUGAGCCCGAUGGAUAUACAAUGCAGAGUGUUAUAAGCGCUUGUGCCGGUAUUGGGGCUUUAUCUCUGGGGAUGUGGGCUCAUGCUUAUGUUUUGAGGAAGGCCGGGGGGGCUAUGUCUGCUGAUGUCCUGAUCAACUCCUCACUUGUGGAUAUGUACAGCAAAUGUGGUUCUUUGAGAAUGGCUCAGGAAGUAUUUGAGACAAUGCCCAAACAUGACCUGAAUUCAUGGAAUUCAAUGAUUCUAGGACUUGCCAUGCACGGACGGGCGGAGUCUGCAUUGCGGUGUUUCUCUCGGUUGGUCAAGAUGAAGCAGUUUCUGCCCAACUCUGUCACGUUCGUCGGCGUUCUUAGUGCGUGUAACCACAGAGGCAUGGUUGCUGAAGGCCGGAAAUAUUUUGAUAUGAUGGUUAAUGAAUACAAGAUUGAACCGCGGUUGGAGCAUUAUGGAUGCCUUGUUGACCUUUUAUCUCGCUCUGGUUUCAUUGAUGAAGCUUUGGAGUUGGUGGCAAAUAUGCAUAUAAAACCAGAUGCAGUGAUCUGGAGGAGUCUUCUUGAUGCUUGUUGCAAGCAGAAUGCUGGUGUCGAGCUGAGCGAAGAAGUGGCAUUGCAGAUUCUUGAAUCUGAAAAAGCAGCUUCUAGUGGUGUUUAUGUGCUGUUGUCCAAAGUUUAUGCUUCUGCUUGUCAGUGGAACGAUGCUGGGCUCGUAAGGAAAGCGAUGGCCGAUCAGGGUGUGGCAAAGGAGCCUGGCUGCAGUUUGAUAGAAGUAGAUGGUAUUAGCCAUGAGUUUUUUGCAGGAGAUGCAUCUCACCCCAAGAUCAAGGAGAUUUAUGAUGUUAUCGAUCUGAUUGAAGAAAAACUAGAGAAGGAUGGUUAUUCACCUGACUAUUCACAGGCAACCAUGGUAGACGAACCAGAUAACGUGAAACAGCAAUCUCUUAGGCUGCAUAGUGAGCGACUUGCCAUUGCCUUUGGGCUACUAAAUAUGAAACCCGGUAUGCCGAUACGCAUAUUUAAGAAUCUCCGAGUGUGCAAUGACUGCCACCAGGUAACCAAGUCAAUUUCUCGAAUUUUCAAUGUAGAGAUUAUCAUGAGAGAUCGCAAUAGAUUUCAUCAUGUUAAGAAUGGCUUGUGUUCCUGCAUGGACUUCUGGUGAUUUAUUGUACACCAGCCAUUAAAGUUAUAAUUCAAUAGUACAGAAAUGUAGAUGGGAACUGUUGGAAAAUCAUUGUAAUGCCAAUUAAACGUGAAUUAACGAAAUUCCUGAAGUUGAAACCUUUCCAAAAUUCAUAAUCACACRGCCCCCUGAAGGUGUAUGGGCCUUGUCAGUAUAUCACAAAGGCGAGGCUGCAUAGAACUUAAGUUUUUUCAUUUAAAUAAUACAAAAGGCUUCCUAAAUUCGGCUGCAAUGACUGGUAUGGAAAACUACAUCUAUCACAAGGAAACUUUAAGAAAGGGGGAAAUAUUCACAUCUUCUGGGAACCCCUAAUUAACAAGUAGUUAGAAGAUGCAAAAAA